GGACGACAACGUGUGAUGGCGGCUUCCAAGAUGGCCAUGGUGGUCGCUGCCUUCGCGGCCAUCGCAGGUGUCGUCGAUGCGACGACAUCGCUUGCUGGAACAUGCAGCGGUGGUGGCGCGUUCAGUCUAUACCGUCGCCAAGCAGGGUGCGCUGUUGGCAACUGCGACUGUUUUCCCAUUCUAUUCGAAUGCAAUGGUGCUGCGCGCGACGGCCUCGGUGAAUGUGGUCUCUCUCACACCGGAUGGAUUGCGCUGGUCGCGGCGAUCGCGUUGAAUGUCGUCGUCCCGAUCAUCGCGUUCCUCAUCCACUUGCUCAAGAAGAAGAGCAAUGCCAAAGCCAUCACGGGUCGCGAAGAUCACGUUCAAACAGCGCUGGAAGCGUCGAGCGGGCAGCGCAAGUACAUGAUCAACCUCGCGCAGUUCCGCACGGUCGUUCCAGACACUGUGUUUGGACUGGACCAAGCGCCCAAGAUCUUUAUGGAAACGAUGAACAAGCGGUGGGUCCAAUCUCUCUGCUACGGCUUGAUCGCUUCGUUCUGUCUGUCGAUGGCGCUCCUGAUCCCGCCAUUCCAAAUGGAAGAGUCGCUGUACCCGCUCACCCGCGACACCACGAUCCAGCUCAACCGAUCGGCAUACCGCAUCGCGUCGCACUCGGAGACGUCCGUGCCACCUGGCAUCCGCUACGUGUCGAUUCAAGGCGACUUUUGUGGCAACUCGUCCGCGGCGCUGCUCGACCCGAACGGGAAAACCACGCUCGACAUUUCGUACGUUGUGUCGUUCACGGUAGACACAAACGCGGUCUUUGACAAGAUCUACGGCCACAAGGUCGUCGGAUGUGUCUGCGAGAGCGGGGCUUGCCGCAUCGACCAAGCCCAGUCCGACGAUGGGUACGCACCGCUCGUGUACUUUCCGUGGUACCAGGACGCGCUGCACCCGCUCGACUUGCAAGCGCAACCCCACACGUUUGAGCUCACGGGGGUGUUCCAGAUCAAGUCCAAAUUCAACCGCCUCGGCACCGUCCAUCCGAUCCCGCACCUCGCCUUUAUUGCGCACCACUCGUACAUUGAGCGGCUCACGAGUUUCGUGGACCUCGGUGUGUUUCUCAUCGACGUCGUUGCACUCCUGUCGUGGAUUUGCCUCACGCGCGCCGCCAACUUUCUUCCCGAACGCCGCCUCAUGUACGUCAUGCUCGUCGUCAACUUUCUCGGAUCGUUCCCGGUCCUGUUUGUCGCGCAGAAGCUAGACCCGACUGCGUCGUGGCAAAACAUGUACUUCUUCAUGCACGCCUGGUCGGCGUGUGCGAGCGGCAUUUGGCUCUUGUGCCUCCUCUUUGCGCUCGACAUGCAGCGCAAGCGCGUGUUUGGGUGCCGCUUCUACCUCGUCAAACUCACGCUUGGCGCUGUUGUCCUCACGGCAUACAUGCUCCUGUUUUACUCGUCGUACCCGACCCAGUGGAUUCAGCUCUUCAACUUUUGCCUCGCGAUCUUGGCCGGCGCCAUCUUUAGCGGCGUCAUGGUCGACGUCCGCAACAAGCUCCGGUACGAAUCGUACGCGGACUCGCGUCCCCAGCAGCUCACGGCGCGCUUCCUCUACUCGGUCUCGAUCGCCAUCACGUACGUAUUUUUCUUUGUCGCGCUGUUCGCGGACCCGGUGCCCCGUGUCACGAGCUACCUCCCCAAGACUGCCCUCUUGACCGACACGUCGAUCCAAGUGAUUGUGCGCAGCGCGACGUGGGCCCUCCUUGUCAUUUUCUUGCCGCCGCUCGUGGUCGACCCAAACGUGUACUACACCUGCGCCGCGUCGGCGCUGCCGCGCCUCACGCAUGCGUCCCACCGCGAGUUUGAGCUCGCACACUUGAAGCAAGCCCACCAAAGCGGCGGCCACAACUCGACGUACCACCUGUCGACCCUGUCGUGGCAGGCGCCUCAAGCGUUCUGCAUCGAAACGGCGUGUGCCAUGUACAAUCAAGCCAUCGGAGUGUACGACGAGCCCGUGCUGGACAAGGCCACGGGCUCGUACGUCAUGGCGACGCACGACCACUUCAAGCAGGACGGCCUCGAGUUCGUGUCGGAGCUGUUUGACAAGGGAACCGAUACGUACGGGUGGGUUGCUCGCGGCGACAAGCGCAUCGUGGUCACGUUCCGCGGCACGCAGAGCGCUGCCAACACCGUCACGGACCUCAAGUAUCGCUUUGCCGUCCCGACUUGGGAAUGCAACCGGGACGACCUGAACAAAACCCGCGUCCACGUCGGGUUCUGGUCGGCUUACAUCACGGUGCAGCAGCAGCUCAAGCGCGUGCUCCGCGACACCAUCAAGAACAUGGGCGACGUCCAGAUUUACUUUACUGGCCACAGCUUGGGCGGCGCGCUCGCGACCCUCGCCGCGUUUGACAUUGCGACCGAUGCCACUUUCAACCUAAACGAAGAAGUCGUCAUGUACUCGUUCGGGGCGCCCCGCGUCGGCAACCACGAGUUUGCCAAGGCGUACAAGCAUUAUGUCCCGAACGCGUAUCGAGUGUGCAACGACGGCGACGCGAUCGUCGGCGCGCCCAAGCGAUCUGUCCAGCUCGCAUACUUUGUCAAGAGCUUGUGCUACAAGCACGUGGGGAAGGCCGUAUUGCUGUCGACUCGCGCCCAGGGCGUGUUUGUGAUCGAGCCCAACAUUGUCGAGAUGGCGUUCAUGGCUGAAUUCCGGUACAACGCACUCGCGCAUUUGGGUGGCGGGUACCAAGCGAUGCUCGAGAAAGGAAUCAAGUACACGAUGAAUCCCAAGAACGCAGCAGACGCCGCAACGGGCGAAAAGGCCCCGCUUCUGAAGUAAAACACCAAUGCACAGACAGACGAGUCAGGCAUUGCGCAUUUCGACAGCGAGAUCUGCGAUCGACUGAGAGAGAGCAACAUGAUUUGCCUCGUACCUUUCUCGUGUUGACACCACAAGGCGUGGAACAGCACCCACGUUAGAAUGCGCCACGUAAACCUGACGACUUUCGUACGUGCAGUGAUGGACCCACUAGCCUCAUUCCCCAGCACUUCGUUCUGCGUCCAUUACACCCAGCACCAUCGAAGCGGUGCCUCUCCAUCGUGCCGCGGGAUCCAUUUGAACGAUUCCAACUAUGGAAAUAAUGUUUUCUAUUGGUCGAAAUUGUGCAUGAU